AUGCCCCUGGGGCUGAGCACGGACGUCCUCAGGACGAUCGCCUCGUUCGUCGCGUGUCCCUACACGUUUCAAGCCCUCGUGGAGCUCGCGCCGUACGAGGAGCUCGGCGACCCGCUCCGAGCCUUCGCCACCCUCGCGCGCUCCGUGCCCGUCGCGUACCUCUGGCCUCGCUUGCACUGCGACGUACUCACGCCGGACGAGCUCGCAUCUGUCGACGCAUUUGCCUCGCUGCGGCCUCUACUGUGCUUUGGAGGUAUUCCGCGAGCCAACUAUUCCUUCCUGGAUGAGGCACGCGUCGCUUUCUCCAAGCACGUGUCGUUGGCGGUUGCCAGCGCGCUGCUGGGACCACGAGUCGAGGAGCUGUCGCUGACGCUUGACCGAGCAGACGAUCCGAGCGACAUCACCGCCUUUCUGGAGGCUCUUGCUGCGGCACCGCGAUUGCGCAAGGUCCAGCUUCGUCUCGGCGCUACCUUGGUGCCACGCCUUGUAGCUCCGGUACUCCAUGCGCUCUUCCACCAUCCGAGCAUCAAAGACGUGGCAAUCGAUGGGUCUACCUGGGAGACGGUCCCUCCAUUCGUCACGUACAUGCUCAUCGAAUUGCUCCAUGAACCACGCAUGGAAGCCUUCGCUCUUCGCGGCAUGGCUCCUCAAGAUGACGGCCCGCUCAUGGACGCGCUUCGCAACUCGACACUGCGCAGCGUUGACUUCGUGCGCCAAGCCAACCUCAGCGAUCAACUACCGGCGUCGCUGCGGCACCUCCGCCUUCAAUCCAAGUUUGGCGGCGCGUGGCAGCCCGCCGAGGUCCUCGCCGGCGCUCGGCUCACGCGUCUCGAGCUACUCGGUGCGGCUGCAACCACCUUCACGACAAAGCCCAUGGACCUUUGCUCCGCGCUCCGAGCGAUGCCAACGCUAGAGUACCUCGCCGUUGACCACGUAUCUGCCUCCGUUGGCCAGAGCUUGGCUGAGGUGUUGCCAACGCUCAUGCACCUCGAAGACCUUCGCCUCGACUGUGCAGCGAUCUCGGCAGCGGACCUCGGAUUUCUUGCGCGCUGUCGCCGCCUCCAGCGCGCCGCCUUGCGCAACAUUGCGUGGGACCAUGUUCGCACGUGGGAACUUUGGAUCGACGACGCUGCUUCCUCCCCGCUGCGUCAUCUCUGCCUCGCCGGGCACGCGAUACCCACGGCCGACCUCGCUCGUCUCUUCGACGUCCUCUGUCCUCGCCUCUGCGUGUGCUGCCUCGACACAAGCGACCGCUGCAGCCUUCCCGACGCAAAGGAUUAA